CAAAAUGGCGGCAGCUGUUCACAAAAAUCAGGGAAAAUGUUAAAAUCUGAGUGAAUAAGACUUAGGGCCUAAGGCUAAGACUAGAGUAAGACUGAGUGUACCGCCACACAAGAUGUCAAGUGGGGUGUCAUCACGACCGCUGAGGGAGCGCAGUCUCCAUGAGAUGCUCCAAGCCGUACAGGUCGCCCACAGAAAGGACAUCUAUGACUUCUCAGGGGGACAUCUGAAUGAGUCGAAACUGCACAGACCUCCAGAGGAAUCGUCAAGGCGAUCAUGGGACAAUUCCAAAAAGAGACCUGAGUCACUGCUCCCUCGGAGUCAAUUACCAAAACCUAAAGUUGAUCGCCUCCAACCCGACAGGAUGCAUAACACAUUAUUGAGCUUCAGUAUUGGAACUCAUGGUACUAUCCCGAUUACACCAAAAACUAAACAAUCAGGGACGCUGUCUUCAAUCGGGUCAAAACAGAAAAGAAAAGAUUCUUACCUCAGUGAUAAUGUUUUAGUCGAGGAGGUUCGUUUGCCAGAGAUUAUGUUACCAACGCCUCGAUUUCAUGAAUCGGUUUCUAUGUCGCAAGAUGAUUGUGAUGAUUUAAACAAACCGGUGUCGCAGGGUGCGCUGCGCGAUCGUAACUUAGCCAAGUUGAAACAUCAGUUUGUCUCUAGUCAUUUAUCUGGUGUGACAAAACGAGACCAGUUCAAUAAAUUCCAGGACUUUGAAAGUAAGAUUCUGCGAAAGCAGGAUGCCAUGGAACAAAACGUAUUGUCGGGGAUCAAAGCAGUUGAACACUUAGAAAAUAAAUUAAAAGAGGAACUAAGAUGCUUAGAUUGCAACAACUUCGGCCCCAAUUUCCAUCGGCUUCAAAUCUACAGUGACGUGUUCGAUGAUCUGAAUUCAGAUUCUCCGGCUUUUGGUUACAUCUUAAGAAAAAUCAAGAAGGAGUAUGACGGUUAUAUCUCCUACCUACUGGACUCUAAUCCACCACAGCAUAAGAUCCUGCAAGAUCAGAUAGAGCAGCUGACUGCUAAGGGGACGUCUCGACCUGGCCUUGUUCAGGAACGGCGGAGGAUAUUGAUGGAGAAGGAGAGACAAGCAGAGGAGCUAUUAGAUUUAAAUUCCAGAUUACGACAAGAAAUUGCAGAAGAAAGGCUAAUCGCGUCUCUACCGUCUGAACCUGAAGAGAAACCAGAUUCAUAUGCCAGGGUCGCAUAUCGGGAAGAACCGCCAGAGAUGACCAUCUCUGAGAAAAUUGAGGAUACGAAGUCAAAGAUAUGGGCGAGACUUGAUGAGAUCGCGGCCAUACAGCACAACCUUCGCGAACAUUACGUCCCGGCAAAUGUCUGCUCUCAACUUGAACAGUGCCUCAAGGAAACGGAGGUUGAAAAUCAGAAACGCUUGAAGAAGAUUGAGCUGAUUGAGAAGAAUGCCCAUGACAUGGAAAAAGAGCUAGAGGCUGCUCUCGAGGAGGCUGACACGAGUGACGCUGAUGAACAGCGAGUGUGGAAACGUUUAUUGUCGCGGCCAGCCGAGAGUCCCCGAUCGCAAACGAUGCGAUCAGGAGGUGGUACUGUCAGUGUGAGUACUAUCUCCACGUAUGACCGUGAUCGUUAUGAGGAUCCCAUGGAGGAAGAGGAGGACGAUGAUGAUCAGUCUGGGAAGUGGAACUGGUACAUAUCAUAGGAUGGGUACAUCCCAUGGAAUUAUGACGAUUCAGGGACGAAGGAUUACAGACAUUUUCCAAUCCAUUGUUGUGAUAGAUAGACACUGAUUUUCAAUACUUGAAAAAAUUUUGGGCAUCUUUUUUGAAAAAUAUUGCGUAGUUUCCAUUAGUCAAUCGAGCCAAACCUCAAGGUUACAAAAUGUGUCAUAAUUGAAGUGGUAAAUUUGUAUUUUGUAGGGUUGUGAGGAUUUAAAAAAUGGAGUUUUCAUCUCCAUUGUUGUGGUGAUUGGCACCCAUUUUUUCCCCGAUGUCUUGGGAAAUGUUUGGAGGAACAUUUGGAUAAUUUUCCAGAGCACUCCAAGGUUGGUAUUCAUUAUUCUAGAACAGAGUGUACAUUUUGUGUGGUAAGUAUUUGGUAAUGUAGUGUAACGUUGAUACUUAAUCACUAAAUACGUGAUAUGUCUCGUGAAUAGGCGAGUUUUUGGCUUUUGGAUUGUUCUUAAAUUGAAUUAUUCAUUGAAAAAUAAGUAACUUUUCCACAAUGAUUGUGGUGACAAUGCUAGUUGUGAAAAUUAUGAAAAUUAAUUUUUGUGGUAAGGACACUUCAAAUUUUACUCUGGGACCAUUACCAGUAACCUACCCCUAGCUGGGUGCGAGUCUAAGUGCGACUCAUCUAUGGGGAUUCUAUGAUGUACCCAGCACAAUGCAGUGCACUGCAAUGCUCCCUAUUUUCUGGUGUCAUCUGAGCCAAGUUUUCGAAGUGGGUAUUCCUGAUAGUUGUCCAUUGCGAUUCCGUCCAUUAUUUAUAUUUCUUUAAAAUUUGAAUUUUGGCCGGGUUGUAUGUUUGUUGUUGGUACAUACUGUAGCACAAGUUCUUUGCAAAAAAAGUAACAACUUUCCAGGCUUGUUAGCCUUUAAUAUUCCGUCCAGCAAUAUAUUUUUGUAUGCUGAAUGAAUCCAGGGCUAGCGGUGCGACAUGCCUAGAAGGCAUGUCAGGUGUCUCCCUAAAAUUGUCGCAAAUAAAUAAUGUCCAUACUAGAUUUAAAAAAGAUGUUUUCUUUAAUAAUUGUUGUGAAUAAAAUUACUGUGA